AUGCGCUCUGCCAUCCUCGCCACCGCCGCCUUUGCGGCCACCGCCCUCGCCCUCCCCCAGCAACAACUCGCCUUCUCAUCGCCGCAACCGGCCACCGUCGUCCGCGAGGCCCUCGUCAACCCGCUCCGCGAUGCCUGGAAGCUCGUCAAGGACUCUGAGCCUGUCGGUUGGGCCGCACAGGGCGUCCGCAAGUUCAGCCGCGAAGUCGUCGCCGAUGGAGUCGACUUCGAGCUCGUCCAGCACGCCGAGAUCCCGACCCACUCGCUGCGCGUGCGCGAGCCCAAGGCCCUGUGCGACACGUCGAGCAAGCAGUACUCGGGCUACCUCGACAUUGCCGACGACGCCCACCUCUUCUACUGGUUCUUCGAGUCGCGCUCCAAGCACCCGGAGAAGGACCCGCUCGUCCUGUGGCUCAACGGCGGUCCCGGCUGCUCGUCCAUGACCGGCCUCCUGUUCGAGCUGGGCCCGUGCCGCGUUGAGAACGGCGGCGCCAACACGUCGUUCAACCCGUACAGCUGGACCGAGUCGGCCAACGUCAUCUUCCUCGACAGCCCCGUCCAGGUCGGCUACUCGUACGGCACCAAGGCCGUGGCCUCGUCGCAGGAGACGGCCGAGGACGUGUGGGCCUUCCUCAACCUGUUCCUCAAGAAGUUCCCCAAGUUCGAGAAGGUGCCCUUCCACCUCAGCGGCGAGUCGUACGCCGGCACCUACCUGCCCAACAUCGCCUCGACGAUCCACAAGCACAACCAGGCCAAGCCCAUCUCGGGCGCCGUCCACAUCCCGCUCGCGUCCGUCCUGAUCGGCAACGGCCUCACCGAUGCCUACACCCAGUUCGCCGAGAUCCCCGAGUGGUCGUGCUCGACCGGGCCCAAGGGCAACCCGCUCGGCAAGCCCAUCUUUGACGAGGCGUCGUGCCGCUCGAUCGAGUCCAAGGUCGCGAGCUGCCAGCGCCUGACCGAGUACUGCUACAAGAUGCCGUCCCGGUUCACCUGCGUGCCCGCCACCCUGUCGUGCUGGCAGAUCGCCGGCCCGAUCCAGCAGGCCAACCUCAACCCGUACGACAUCCGCAAGCCGUGCGACCGCGACGGCGAGGACGGCCCGCUCUGCUACAAGCAAAUGCAGUGGAUCGAGACAUUCAUGAACCAGCCCGAGGUCCGCAAGGAGCUCGGCGCGUCGCCCGACGCCACCUUCGAGUCGUGCAACAUGAAGAUCAACCAGGCGUUCCAGCUCAACGGCGACGUGUCGCACAACACGGCCGCCCUCAUCCCCGAGCUCCUCGACGCCGGCAUCCGCUUCCUCAUCUACGCCGGCGAGAUGGACUUUAUGUGCAACGCCGUCGGCAACCGCGAGUGGACGCUCGCCAUGGACUGGACCCACGCCGACAAGUACCGCAAGGCCAAGCUCGUCGACUUCAAGUCGGGCGGCAAGAAGGCGGGCAUGACGCAGGCCUACACGGCCGACAAGGGCGCCGGCCUUCUUCGGUACCUCAAGGUCAAGGAAGCCGGACACAUGGUGCCCUAUGACCAGCCCAAGGUGUCGCUCGACUUCUUCUCGAGGUGGAUCGCCAACGAGUCGUUCGAGUGA